AUGGGUGUCGCCAUGUCCCUAGAGGAGCUUGGUGCUCUAAGCGUUGUGGAACUCGCAGAUUUAGCGCCCCCGGAGCACCGUCAGGCGUCCAUCGAUUUUGGCAUUGAUGGACACAUGCUGACGAGUCUGCCAUUAGAUCAACUCCAAGAUGCCCUAGCUCGUGCAGGGGUGGAGGAUAAGCAGCAUUUGGUGUACCUGCUUGAGGAAAUCGAAAAUAUUCGACGCCCGAAGAUUGACCCCAGCAAGCUAGAUCGCGAAAAUCUUCGGGCGAUUCUCGAAAGAUCUGAUUCCGGUGACCACGAAGAACUUUCGGGCAGGUCGGAGUGGAGCGGCGUUUCAGUUGACAGUGAUGACAGAAUCAUCGCGCUCAACGUUACCAACAGGCACCUCUCGGGAGAGCUUCCAGCCGCGCUCUUCGAGAUAUCGAACCUCGAGUACCUGCACGCCACCUCGAACCUCUUUGCCGCAAAAGGAGCGAAACUGUUGGCGAUCGGCCUUUCGUUUGAAAGUCAGUCUCUACACCACCCUCCCACAUUCUGUCUCAGACAUAUUCCGUGCUUGCUCUUUUCGUGCCCCUUCCUGGGGGGAAUUGUGUGGAUUUCUCUUUACACAAUACUUCCCAUAGGUGCCAUCCCCGACACCAUCGGUGAUCUCAAACGGUUGGUCUCGCUCAAGCUGGACCACAACAGCUUGACAGGACGAAUACCGGGCUCGUUGACCCGCCUCACCAGUCUUACAGUUCUCGAUUUCGCAUGGAACAAGCUCACAGGAACAAUCCCGAUGAAGAUCGGCACCAUGACCUCCCUCCGCAAGCUUAGCCUAGGCGCAAACAAGGCAAGGCGCUGGAUCUCGUCCCCAGAGCUGGCUUCGCUGCACUUCCUCGUCGAGCUGCGCUUACGAGAGAAUAGGCUUGCGGGAAAAAUUUCACCCAUGUUGGUGAACAUGCAGUCACUCCAGGUGCUGGACUUGACCUCGAAUGCCCUUCAAGGCCACAUUCCCGAAAGCCUGGGUGAAAUGACCAAUCUUCGAGAGCUUUGGCUGGGGCGGAGAGAAAACCAAGUUGUCGGAGGUAUUCCCGAACCUCUGAGCAAAUUGGAAGACCUGCAGAGUCUUGAUUUGUCACGCAACAAGGCGCUUUGGAAGAUACACCCUCAUAUCUUGAGCACGCUCUCUUCAUCUUUGGUCUACCUCAAUCUCGGCCACAACGCCUUCGAAGGGGACCUCCCGGUUUCCCCCCUUUCUUCUCACUCUGCGGGAGGCAGGGUGCGGAGAGGAUCAAGAUCCGGCUCUCAAUCUGAUGGACAAGGAAGGAACAGCAGGAGGAAAAGGAGUGAGUCUGCGGCAGCGGUAGUGUCUGCUUCUCCGCUCUCCUACUUGAAUCUUUGCCACAACAAGUUCACUGGGCAUGUUCCCGAGGAAAUAGGAAGCCUCACCUCUUUGGAGACCCUGGAUUUGUCUCACAACAAGCUGGAAGGCGGCCUUCCACCCGACAUUGGAAGCUGCGUCUCCCUGAGGGUACUGUCCUUGUCUAGGUGUGGCCUCUCCGGGAUCCUGGAAGGAGACGACGGAGGGGGGCUGGGAAGGCUGAGCUCGUUGGAAAUUCUGCGACUCGAUGGCAACACUUUUCAUGGGAUUGUACCUGCGGCGCUGGGCAACUUGGCCCGCCUCGAAGUUCUUCAUUUACAGCUGGAUCGGUUAUGGGCACUCGCAGUUCGGGACAACAAUCUCUCGGGCAGGGUCCCCGAAUCCCUGGGCUGCUUAACUGGACUGCGCUCUCUCCGCCUCGAGGAGAACCCCUCGCUCCGAGGUCCUAUUCCCGACCAGCUGGCGUCCGGAGUGAAUUGCAACGUUCGCGCGGAUCAGCCAGUGCUGGAAGACACGGAGGCGGCCAUGCUCGGUUCGAAGUUGGACGAGUGGUUUUUGAUGCCGCGGAAGGCACGUGGGAAAAGCGGAAAUGCUCAAACUACAGCAAAGGCUGCUAACAGGCCUGUGACUGUGACAUUGAUAUUUUUGUCGGGGAGAAGUGGGGAGCACGAUUUGGUUGGUGUUUCCCGAAUAUAUGGCAAUGAACCGAGGGAUGCCGCGUUGUAG